AUGGUCUGUGAUUCUGUAACUGGUCUUGUAACCUUUCUGUGUGCAGCUUCAGGGUCAAUCACCCAGCCAGAGAGCGGGUAUACUGAGAAGCCGCAUCAUGGUCGCCAUCACCGUUGCCCCUUCUGCAGCUACGAGACUGAUAUUGCGACCAGUAUUAAGCGACACGUGAGGAUUCAUACGGGCGAGCGGCCAUUUAAAUGCCACCUGUGUCUCCAAGCCUUCAGACAAAAGACUGCAUUGAAGGAUCACCUGCGCACCCACACAGGAGAGCGACCGUAUACGUGUCACCUGUGCCCCUCAAGCUUCUCACAUAAGUCUUCGUUGAACGGUCACCUGCUUACUCACACAGGCAAGCGACCACACAAGUGCCACCUGUGUCCCCAGAGCUUCUCACUGAAGUGCUCACUGAUCACGCAUGCGCGCAUUCACACUGGUGAACGGCCAUAUCAAUGCCCUUCGUGCACCCAGACGUUUAGGCAGAGGUCAACCUUCAAAAGGCACCUUCGUGUGCAUGUGCAACAGUGAUAAUAGCAACGCAAUUUCUACUGUAUGUGCUUUUUUUUUUUUUUGGUGGAGGUUACUUCAGAGCACUGUGGCAUUGCUGUGUUAUGUUCGACAGCAUUAAAGUUUAGGGUCUAGUAGGGAUAGCACAGCUUCGUUAUUAAAGGAAAAGCCGUGGAUUAAGUGAGUGAUGCAAAAAUUCAUCAUAUCGUGACAGCAUAUGACGUCUUUGUGACAUCACAUGAUGCCAAAAUUUGUGACGCCGUCAUCAAGUCACUAUGGCGUCACAUGAUGACGUCAUCACAUGACAUCAUCGCUAGGUCAGAGGUGGGCCGAUCUCAGAGGCACUGCAAAACCACGUAAGGUGCAGAGAGCAUCCAGUGCCUCCAAUCUCAGAGUCAGUGCAAAACCACAUAGGGUGGAGAAAGCCUUUGAGGGGUGGACAAAUACAAACGACUGUGUAGAAAGAUGACUUUCGUGCCUUCGAGUCGUCUUAGGCAAAUGCAUACAGAGCUGUGUAAAUUUUUGUCAAUAUAGCAUCUGUAUACAUGUAGUACAAACAUUCUCACUACAUUCUAUGACAUCCUACUUAGAAUGUAAUAGAAUGCAGUUAGAAUUUUUCGUUAUUUCUUAGUGCUUUGUUACUGUGUUCUUUACUAAUCAUUUGAAUAUUUUCUAUUCUAUAAGACCAGUGAAAACGCAUGUGUUUGUACUGAUGAGUGACCAUGAAGACAUAACACCAUUAUAUACCUCCAAACUGUGUAUGUGUACAUUUUGUAAUAAUUUUGGGAGUCUGAAUUGGAAAUCUACAUGCACAUUCUUCAUGCUUUGUGGCAUUUCGUAAGACUGGGACGAAAGUU